CAGACACAGCGCUCUCGCCACGGAGCACCCUUCUAGCUUCUUCAUCUCCAGGACGGACGCUCAGGCUCCUCUCUCGCCUUAGCCCAACUUGCUUUCCCGCCUCGCAAACUCCGGUUUCCCUCCACUCCCAACUCUUUUCACUCCACGUUUCCCCUCCUCUAUCUCCCACGCCACGAACCCCGAUCCCCAAACUCCUCUCUCCCGCCCUCCUCCUGCCCCUCUCCCUUCAACUCUUCAUCCGCUUCCACCUCAGACUCUGCGCGCACCCAAUUCAGUCGCCCGCUCCCGUUCGGCUCCUCGAAGCCAUGGCGGGACCUGGGGGCUGGAGGGACAGGGAGGUCACGGAUCUGGGCCACCUGCCGGAUCCAACUGGAAUAUUCUCACUGGAUAAAACCAUUGGCCUUGGUACUUAUGGCAGAAUCUAUUUGGGACUUCAUGAGAAGACUGGUGCAUUUACAGCUGUUAAAGUGAUGAACGCUCGUAAGACCCCUUUACCUGAAAUAGGAAGGCGAGUGAGAGUGAAUAAAUAUCAAAAAUCUGUUGGGUGGAGAUACAGCGAUGAGGAAGAGGAUCUCAGGACUGAACUCAACCUUCUGAGGAAGUACUCUUUCCACAAAAACAUUGUGUCCUUCUAUGGUGCAUUUUUCAAGCUGAGUCCCCCUGGUCAGCGGCACCAACUUUGGAUGGUGAUGGAGUUAUGUGCAGCAGGUUCGGUCACUGAUGUAGUGAGAAUGACCAGAAAUCAGAGUUUAAAAGAAGAUUGGAUUGCUUAUAUCUGCCGAGAAAUCCUUCAGGGCUUAGCUCACCUUCACGCACACCGAGUAAUUCACCGGGACAUCAAAGGUCAGAAUGUGCUGCUGACUCAUAAUGCUGAAGUAAAACUGGUUGAUUUUGGAGUGAGUGCCCAGGUGAGCAGAACUAAUGGAAGAAGGAAUAGUUUCAUUGGGACACCAUACUGGAUGGCACCUGAGGUGAUUGACUGUGAUGAGGACCCAAGACGCUCCUAUGAUUACAGAAGUGAUGUGUGGUCUGUGGGAAUUACUGCCAUUGAAAUGGCUGAAGGAGCCCCUCCUCUGUGUAACCUUCAACCCUUGGAAGCUCUCUUCGUUAUUUUGCGGGAAUCUGCUCCCACAGUCAAAUCCAGCGGAUGGUCCCGUAAGUUCCACAAUUUCAUGGAAAAGUGUACAAUAAAAAAUUUCCUGUUUCGUCCUACUUCUGCAAACAUGCUUCAUCACCCAUUUGUUCGGGAUAUAAAAAAUGAACGACAUGUUGUUGAGUCAUUAACAAGGCAUCUUACUGGAAUCAUUAAAAAAAGACAGAAAAAAGGAAUACCUUUGAUCUUUGAAAGAGAAGAAGCUAUUAAGGAACAGUACACCAUGAGAAGAUUCAGAGGACCCUCUUGCACUCACGAGCUUCUGAGAUUGCCAACCAGCAGCAGAUGCAGACCACUUAGAGUCCUGCAUGGGGAACCCUCUCAGCCAAGGUGGCUACCUGAUCGAGAAGAGCCACAGGUCCAGGCACUUCAGCAGCUACAGGGAGCAGCCAGGGUAUUCAUGCCACUGCAGGCUCUGGACAGUGCACCUAAGCCUCUAAAGGGGCAGGCUCAGGCACCUCAACGACUACAAGGGGCAGCUCGGGUGUUCAUGCCACUACAGGCUCAGGUGAAGGCUAAGGCCUCUAAACCUCUACAAAUGCAGAUUAAGGCACCUCCACCACUACGGAGGGCAGCCAGGGUGCUCAUGCCACUACAGGCACAGGUUAGGGCACCUAGGCUUCUGCAGAUACAGUCCCAGGUAUCCAAAAAGCAGCAGGCCCAGACCCAGACAUCAGAACCACAAGAUCUGGACCAGGUACCAGAGGAAUUUCAGGGUCAAGAUCAGGUACCCGAACAACAAAGGCAGGGCCAGGCCCCUGAACAACAGCAGAGGCACAACCAGGUGCCUGAACAAGAGCUGGAGCAGAACCAGGCACCUGAACAGCCAGAGGUACAGGAACAGGCUGCCGAGCCUGCACAGGCAGAGACUGAGGCAGAGGAACCUGAGUCAUUACGAGUAAAUGCCCAGGUAUUUCUGCCCCUGCUAUCACAAGAUCACCAUGUGCUGUUGCCACUACAUUUGGAUACUCAGGUGCUCAUUCCAGUAGAGGGGCAAACUGAAGGAUCACCUCAGGCACAGGCUUGGACACUAGAACCCCCACAGGCAAUUGGCUCAGUUCAAGCACUGAUAGAGGGACUAUCAAGAGACUUGCUUCGGGCACCAAACUCAAAUAACUCAAAGCCACUUGGUCCGUUGCAAACCCUGAUGGAAAAUCUGUCAUCAAAUAGGUUUUACUCACAACCAGAACAGGCACGGGAGAAAAAAUCAAAAGUUUCUACUCUGAGGCAAGCACUGGCAAAAAGACUAUCACCAAAGAGGUUCAGGGCAAAGUCAUCAUGGAGACCUGAAAAGCUUGAACUCUCGGAUUUAGAAGCCCGCAGGCAAAGGCGCCAACACAAAUGGGAAGAUAUCUUUUAUCAGCAUGAGGAAGAAUUGAGACAAGUUGAUAAAGACAAAGAAGAUGAAUCAUCAGACAAUGAUGAAGUAUUUCAUUCGAUUCAGGCUGAAGUCCAGAUAGAGCCAUUGAAGCCAUACAUUUCAAAUCCUAAAAAAAUUGAGGUUCAAGAGAUAUCUCCUUCUGUGCCUAACAACCAGGAUCAUGCACAUCAUGUCAAGUUCUCUUCAAGCGUUCCUCAGCGGUCUCUUUUGGAACAAGCUCAGAAGCCCAUUGACAUCAGACAAAGGAGUUCGCAAAAUCGUCAAAAUUGGCUGGCAGCAUCAGAAUCUUCUUCUGAGGAAGACAGUCCUGUGACUGGAAGGAGGUCUCAGUCAUCACCGCCUUAUUCUACUAUUGAUCAGAAGUUGCUGGUUGACAUCCAUGUUCCAGAUGGAUUUAAAGUAGGAAAAAUAUCACCCCCUGUAUACUUGACAAACGAAUGGGUAGGCUAUAAUGCACUCUCUGAAAUCUUCCGGAAUGAUUGGUUAACUCCUGCACCUGUCAUUCAGCCACCUGAAGAGGAUGGUGAUUAUGUUGAACUCUAUGAUGCCAGUGCUGAUACUGAUGGUGAUGAUGAUGAUGAGUCUAAUGAUACUUUUGAAGAUACCUAUGAUCAUGCCAAUGGCAAUGAUGACUUGGAUAACCAGGUUGAUCAGGCUAAUGAUGUUUGUAAAGACCAUGAUGAUGACAACAAUAAGUCUGUUGAUGAUGUAAAUAAUAAUUAUUAUGAGGCGCCUAGUUGUCCAAGGGCAAGCUAUGGCAGAGAUGGAAGCUGCAAGCAAGAUGGUUAUGAUGGAAGUCGUGGAAAAGAGGAAGCCUACAGAGGCUAUGGAAGCCAUAGAGCCAAUAGAAGCCAUGGAGGAAGUGCAGCCAGUGAGGACAAUGCAGCCAUUGGAGAUCAGGAAGAACAUGCAGCCAAUAUAGGCAGUGAAAGAAGAGGCAGUGAGGGUGAUGGAGGUAAGGGAGUCGUUCGAACCAGUGAAGAGAGUGGAGCCCUUGGACUCAAUGGAGAAGAAAAUUGCUCAGAGACAGAUGGUCCAGGAUUGAAGAGACCUGCGUCUCAGGACUUUGAAUAUCUACAGGAGGAGCCAGGUGGUGGAAAUGAGACCUCAAAUGCCAUUGACUCAGGUGCUGCACCGUCAGCACCUGAUCAUGAGAGUGACAAUAAGGACAUAUCAGAAUCAUCAACACAAUCAGAUUUUUCUGCCAAUCACUCAUCUCCUUCCAAGGGUUCUGGGAUGUCUGCUGAUGCUAACUUUGCCAGUGCCAUCUUAUACGCUGGAUUCGUAGAAGUACCUGAGGAAUCACCUAAGCAAUCCUCUGAAGUCAAUGUUAACCCACUCUAUGUCUCUCCUGCAUGUAAAAAACCACUAAUCCACAUGUAUGAAAAGGAGUUCACUUCUGAGAUCUGCUGUGGUUCUUUAUGGGGAGUGAAUUUGCUGUUGGGAACCCGAUCUAAUCUAUAUCUGAUGGACAGAAGUGGAAAGGCUGACAUUACUAAACUUAUAAGGCGAAGACCAUUCCGCCAGAUUCAAGUCUUAGAGCCACUCAAUUUGCUGAUUACCAUCUCAGGUCAUAAGAACAGACUUCGGGUGUAUCAUCUGACCUGGUUGAGGAAUAAGAUUUUGAAUAAUGAUCCAGAAAGUAAAAGAAGGCAAGAAGAAAUGCUGAAGACAGAGGAAGCCUGCAAAGCUAUUGAUAAGUUAACAGGCUGUGAACACUUCAGUGUCCUCCAACAUGAAGAAACAACAUAUAUUGCAAUUGCUUUGAAAUCAUCAAUUCACCUUUAUGCAUGGGCACCGAAGUCCUUUGAUGAAAGCACUGCUAUUAAAGUGAUAUGCAUUGAUCAAUCAGCAGACUCUGAAGGAGACUACAUGUCCUAUCAAGCCUAUAUACGAAUACUGGCAAAAAUACAGGCAGCUGAUCCAGCGAACCGGUUUAAGAGACCAGAUGAGCUCCUUCAUUUGCUGAAGCUCAAGGUAUUUCCAACACUUGAUCAUAAGCCAGUGACAGUUGACCUGGCUAUUGGUUCUGAAAAAAGACUAAAGAUUUUCUUCAGCUCAGCAGAUGGAUAUCACCUCAUCGAUGCAGAAUCUGAGGUUAUGUCUGAUGUGACCCUGCCAAAGAAUCCCCUGGAAAUCAUUAUACCACAGAAUAUCAUCAUUUUACCUGAUUGCUUGGGAAUUGGCAUGAUGCUCACCUUCAAUGCUGAAGCCCUCUCUGUGGAAGCAAAUGAACAACUCUUCAAGAAGAUCCUUGAAAUGUGGAAAGACAUACCAUCUUCUAUAGCUUUUGAAUGUACACAGCGAACCACAGGAUGGGGCCAAAAGGCCAUUGAAGUGCGCUCUUUGCAAUCCAGGGUUCUGGAAAGUGAGCUGAAGCGCAGGUCAAUUAAGAAGCUGAGAUUCCUGUGCACCCGGGGUGACAAGCUGUUCUUUACCUCUACCCUGCGCAAUCACCACAGCCGGGUUUACUUCAUGACACUUGGAAAACUUGAAGAGCUCCAAAGCAAUUAUGAUGUCUAAAAGUUUCCAGUGAUUUAUUACCACAUUAUAAACAUCAUGUAUAGGCAGUCUGCAUCUUCAGAUUUCAGAGAUUAAAUGAGUAUUCAGUUUUAUUUUUAGUAAAGAUUAAAUCCAAAACUUAACUUUUAAUGUAGCACAGAAUAGUUUUAAUGAGAAAUGCAGCUUUAUGUAUAAAAUUAACUAUAGCAAGCUCUAGGUACUCCAAUGGUGUACAAUGUCUUUUGCACAAACUUUGUAACUUUUGUUACUGUGAAUUCAAACAUUACUCUUUGGACAGUUUGGACAGUAUCUGUAUUCAGAUUUUACAACAUGGAGUAAAGAAACCUGUUAUGAAUUAGAUUACAAGCAGCCUUCAAAAGAAUUGGCACUGGGAUAAGAUUUUUCAGAAAAAGAAAAACAUCGGCAAACUGUGUGUGAUUUUUCCAAAGCUAUAUAAAGAACCAAAGGUUUAGUUAAGAAACAAAAAUCUUAAAGAUUAUUAUAACCCAGACUAAGGUUGAACAACCUGCAUGCCCAGAGAAAACUAUGGCGACAAAGGGGAAAAGGCCACCACUCGUUUUCUCACUGAUUCAUGCCAAUUAAGCCUACAGUUAAAGACCAGUUUUGUUCUUUUCACCCAUUUUUAAGCUGGUUUUCUCCUGAUAAGAAGAAAGGAAGAAAGCCCCAGACGCUUGGUUUUUCUCAGAACCCCCAAAAGAUGUGCAAUAGCUGUUGUUACAAACCACCAAAUAAUACAGUUGUGAGCCUGAAUACAGGACUGAACUCCUAUACACGUGUACUGUAGAAUGAGUAUUUUUUAAUACCUUAAGGUAGGCGUCAAAUUCUACACCCCAAAGCAGAUAGAUUGAUUUAUCAAAAUUAUUAUCUGGCCAACAGUGUGACUAUCAGACAGCAUCAAAUAUUUGCCCAAUCCAAGAUUAGACUACACAAAAGCUUCCUUCCAGUAUUAAACAAAAAGAAUUAAACAUAACUAUGAAAAAACUUUGCUAAUAUCUGUGUUUUUCAGAUUUCAUUUUUUGUAAAAUCAGAAAUUAAUCUAAACAUAUUCAAUGAUAAGUUCAUGUGUAACGACUUAAUGUUAAAGGUUAAAAAAAAGAUUUCACAAAAUAUACAACUUUCACCAUAUAUAUAAGCCUGCAAAAUUAGAGUAGUGAAAGUCAUGCUAGUCCAUCACCCAAAUAUGUUAUAGACGCCAUAGACAGGUGAUGUUUGGUCACCUAUGGUAACUGCUACCUGAUGAAGAGCAUAAUUUCUGCAUAUCCAUCCUCAAUACCAUGGUAAAUUCUGGGGCAAUAGAGAAGCAACAGAACUGCCACAAAGUAUACCUCAAUAUAAUUCCUCUAGUUCUGCUUCUAAAAUCUGAGGACAGUGCUAGUGGGAAAAUAAUUUUCAAACUACCUGGUUAACCAAAAUACAAAAGCAGCUGACUAUGUGUGAUUUCAUAAUAGCACAUUUCUUGACACUUAGUGCUAGAAAUGAAGAUUUGGAUUUUCCUAACAACUUACAUCAAGAAUGUAGUGUAGCUCAUUAUUGAGAAUUUAGGAAAGCCUGAAUCCAUUAAUUAAGGAAAUAAAUGUGACUCACAUUUCUUUUACUGUGACACAAUAAUGUGAUCCUAAAACUGGCUUAUCCUUGAGUGUUUACAACUCAAACAACUUUUUGAAUGCAGUAGUUUUUUUUUAAAAAACAAACUUUUAUGUCAAAUUUUUUUUCUUAGAAGUAGUCUUCAUUAUUAUAAAUUUGUACACCAAAAGGCCAUGGGGAACUUUGUGCAAGUACCUCAUCGCUGAGCAAAUGGAGCUUGCUAUGUUUUAAUUUCAGAAAAUUUCCUCAUAUACGUAGUGUGUAGAAUCAAGUCUUUUAAUAAUUCAUUUUUUCUUCAUAAUAUUUACUCAAAGUUAAGCUUAAAAAUAAGUUUUAUCUUAAAAUCAUAUUUGAAGACAGUAAGACAGUAAACUAUUUUAGGAAGUCAACUCCCAUUGCACUCUGUGGCAGUUAUUCUGGUAAAAAUAGGCAAAAGUGACCUGAAUCUACAAUGGUGUCCCAAAGUAACCAAGUAAGAGAGAUUGUAAAUGAUAAACCGAGCUUUAAAGGAUAAAGUGUUAAUAAAGAAAGGAAGCUGGGCACAUGUCAAAAAGGGAGAUUGAAAUGUUAGGUAAUCAUUUAGAAAGGACAGAAAAUAUUUAAAGUGGCUCAUAGGUAAUGAAUAUUUCUGACUUAGAUGUAAAUCCAUCUGGAAUCUUUACAUCCUUUGCCAGCUGAAACAAGAAAGUGAAGGGACAAUGAUAUUUCAUUGUCAGUUUAUUUUGUAAGAGACAGAAGAAAUUAUAUCUAUACAUUACCUUGUAGCAGCAGUACCUGGAAGCCCCAGCCUGUCACAGAAGUGUGGAGGGGGGCUCCUGACUAGACAAUUUCCCUAGCCCUUGUGAUUUGAAGCAUGAAAGUUCUGGCAGGUUAUGAGCAGCACUAGGGAUAAAGUAUGGUUUUAUUUUGGUGUAAUUUAGGUUUUUCAACAAAGCCCUUGUCUAAAAUAAAAGGCAUUAUUGGAAAUAUUUGAAAACUAGAAAAUGACGGAUUAAAGGGCUGAUAAGAAAAUUUCUGAGUGACUGUCAGUAGAAGUGAGGUAAGAUCCCCAGAGGAAACAGUAAGAAGGGAUAAUCAUUAAGAUAGUAAAACAGGCAAAGCAGAAUCACAUGUGCACACACACAUACACAUGUAAACAUUGGAAUGCAUAAGUUUUAAUAUUUUAGUGCUAUCAGUUUCUAAAUGCAUUAAUUACUAACUGCCCUCUCCCAAGAUUCAUUUAGUUGAAACAGUAUCCGUAAACUAGGAAUAAUGCCACAUGCAUUCAGUGGGAUCUUUUAAGUACUCUUCAGUUUGUUCCAAGAAAUGUGCCUACUGAAAUCAAAUUAAUUUGUAUUCAAUGUGUACUUCAAGACUGCUAAUUGUUUCAUCUGAAAGCCUACAAUGAAUCAUUGUUCAACCUUGAAAAAUAAAAUUUUGUAAAUCA